AUGACCAAGACUGACGAUGAACCGAAGAUAGCUGUUAGCACGAAUAUCUCUAGCCAUUGUAGCUGGAAACCUGGAACGAAAAUUGCUUCGAUGGAAGAACUACCCGACAAACCGCUUCUUGAAAUGGAACCACCCUCUCUUCACUACACAUUCCACGAUUCAGUCUUUUACACCAUUUUCUUUAAGCACAAUGAUGAUCGCUUGGAGGAAGCACUCGAUACUGGUGCUGAAAUGAUGGGCUUGUCCACCACCGAAAGAUAUCACUGGAAAUUCCCGGAGCUCAUCACCCUUCUCCAUCUUCGGCGCCCUCUUGCCUCUUACCCGCCAUACAACCAGCUGGCGUAUUCAUCCAGAAAUUCACUGCCGAAUACAAGUCAUGGCUCGAUUCGCCGGAUCUUGUGCUAG